AGAGCAAAACCAGAACAAAAUCCAGACCAAGACCGCAAGCAGAAAGUGGUAGGGGAAAGCAUUUCAUUUGAUGCAAGAGAAAAAGCCAGGGUUGGAAAUCAGGCAAAAGCAAGGGUGAAGACGCAUUGUAGAUUCAUCAGAUGAGAAAAUCGAUUUAAAGUUUUUGAUGAAGAUCCAAUUCUGAACUGCCAACAGCAAGAACAGAGAAGUGGGCAGUAGAUUCCACAUUAACAUGGAAGGAGCUCUGACAGCUCGCGACAGAGUGGGAGUACAAGACUUUGUCCUGCUCGAUUCUUACACCAGCGAGAUUUCCUUUCUGGACAACCUUCGCAAACGCUUUCGGGAGAACCUUAUCUAUACAUAUAUAGGGACUUUGUUGGUGUCUAUGAAUCCAUAUAAGGAGCUGGAUAUAUACACACACAAAAAGAAGGAGCUAUACCAGGGGGUGAACUUCUUCGAACUCCCUCCUCAUAUCUAUGCUAUUGCUGACAAUGCCUAUCGGGUGAUGUGCACUGAGUACACCAACCACUUCAUCCUGAUUUCGGGGGAGAGUGGAGCGGGGAAGACAGAAACCUCAAAAAAAAUCCUCGAGUUCUAUGCCAAGACCUGCCAGACCACAGAACAGCUGCAGGUGGUGCGAGAUCGCCUCCUACUGUCCAACCCUGUACUCGAGGCUUUUGGGAAUGCCAAGACCCUGAGGAAUGAUAACUCUAGCCGCUUUGGAAAAUACAUGGAUAUCCAGUUCAGUUACACGGGUGCCCCAGUCGGGGGCCACAUCCUGAGCUACCUUCUGGAGAAGUCAAGGGUGGCCCAUCAGAACCACGGAGAGCGCAACUUCCAUAUUUUCUACCAGCUGCUGGAGGGAGGUGAGGAGGAAUUACUUCGCUGGCUGGGUCUAGAUCGCAACCCACUGCAGUACCACUAUCUUAUCCAGGGUGAGUGUGCCAAGGUAAGCUCCAUCAAUGACAAAAGUGGCUGGAAGACUGUUCGAAAAGCAUUGUCUGUGAUUGACUUCACCGACAACGACAUUGACGAUCUGUUGGGGGUUAUAGCCAGUGUUCUGCACCUGGGAAACAUCCAGUUCAAUCCAGAUAGCCAGGGACAUGCCAACAUCACUGUCGACAAGGAAAUCAGGUGGAUCUCCAAGCUACUGGGUGUACAUGUCCUGGUCCUGCAGGAAGGUCUAACUCACAAGAAGAUCGAAGCCAAAGCAGAUGAGGUUUUGAGCCCUCUGAGUGUUGAACAAGCUUUUUGUGCUCGUGAUGCAUUAGCAAAAGCUAUUUACGGACGUACUUUUACAUGGCUCGUAAAUAAGAUCAAUGAAUCACUAGCUAAUCAGGACCCAAGCAGAAAAACCGUGAUUGGUCUAUUGGAUAUCUAUGGAUUUGAAGUAUUUGAUGUCAACAGUUUUGAACAGUUCUGCAUAAAUUACUGUAAUGAGAAGCUCCAGCAGCUGCUGAUUGAGUUGACACUGAAGUCGGAACAGGAGGAGUAUGAAGCUGAAGGAAUCCAGUGGGAGCCAAUCCAAUACUUCAACAACAAGAUCAUCUGUGACCUAGUGGAACAAAAGUACAAGGGAAUUAUCUCCAUUCUUGAUGAAGAAUGUCUACGACCUGGAGAAGCCACAGACCUUACUUUCCUGGACAGACUAGAGGAGAAAGUGGGAGCUCACCCUCAUUUCCUGACACACAAGUUGGCAGAUCAGAAGACCAGGAAGACCAUGUGUCGUGGUGACUUCAGGCUGCUACAUUAUGCGGGAGAAGUCACAUAUAACGUUGUAGGAUUUCUUGAUAAGAACAAUGAUCUCCUGUACAGGAAUCUCAAAGAGGUCAUGUGUGAUUCCACAAACUUCAUAGUUAAAAACUGCUUCACUUCAAACGAAUUAGAUACCAAGAAAAGACCUGAGACAGUGGCCACACAGUUCAGGUACAGCUUGAUGGGUCUGAUUGACAUCCUGAUGUCAAAGGUGCCUUCGUAUGUCAGGUGUAUCAAGCCGAAUGAUGCCAAGCAGCCAGGUAGAUUUGAUGACAUGCUUGUGAGACAUCAGGUGAAGUACCUGGGUCUGAUGGAACACCUGCGUGUGAGGCGAGCGGGCUUCGCUUACCGCAGGAAGUUUGAUGCUUUUUUGAAAAGGUAUAAGUUACUGUGUCCUGACACCUGGCCAAACUGGCAUGGACCUGCUUCAGAAGGAGUUGAACGACUGGUGAAAUAUAUCGGCUACAAACAGGAGGAAUACAAAAUGGGAAGAACAAAGAUAUUUAUCCGUUUUCCGAAGACGCUGUUUGCCACCGAAGAUGCGUAUCAAGCCAGCAAGAAUGCCCUAGUUGCGAGACUCCAGGCUAAAUACAGGGGCAAAAUCCAAAGGGGCGAGUUUCAGAAACAGAAAAAAGCAGCCAUCAAGAUUGAGACCUGCUGGAGAGGAAUUCAGGCAAGACAGGACGCAGGGAAGAGAUCAUGGGCUGUGAAAAUCAUCAAAAAAUUUAUAAAAGGCUUCAUGCUCAGAAAUCAGCCUGCUUGCCCGGAAAAUAAAGAUUUCUUGGCUUUUGCUCGGUCAAACUAUCUGAUGAACCUCAGGAAAAAUCUGCCGCAGACUGUUCUGGAUAAAAAGACAUGGCUCAAACCUCCGGCCUACCUGCAGACGACCUCAGAACUGCUACAGAAACUGCACAUGCGCACUUUGGUUCUGAAAUAUUGCAGGGGAAUUUCUGCCCAACACAAGCUGCAGAUGCAGCAAAAGGUUGUGGCCAGCAUACUGUUUAAAGGGAAGAAAGAGGGUUACCAACAAAGUGUCACCAAACCCUUUAGUGACAGCAGACUUCGUGAACAGGACAUCAACCCGAAGGCAUUUCAGCUGAUCCGACAUGAACGGCUCAGGUAUGGUGUUCCUGUCAUCAAAUACAACAGAAAUGGUUUCAAACCAAGACCUAGACAAUUGCUCUUGAUGCAGUCAAAAGCCUAUAUUGUUGAAGAAGACAAAAUCAAACAGAAAAUCGAAUAUGCGACUCUCAAAGGUGUGUCUGUUAGCAACCUUAGUGAUGGGGUCUUUGUCAUCCACGUUCCUUGUGAGAACAACAAUCAGAAAGGAGAUGUCAUUCUACAGUGUGACUACGUGUUUGAGACAGUGACCAAACUCUGUACAAUAGCCAGCAAGCAAAACAGCUUCAAAAUCGUCCAGGGCAGCUUGAAAUUCACGAUUCAACCGGGCAAGGAAGGUAUCGUCGAUUUCACAUCGGGCCAUGAAUCACAAGUCUUCAAAGGCAAAAAUGGUCACCUGAUGGUGAUGACCCCGAGGGUAAAGUCCCGAUGACCUUCCAUUAUUAUUCAUCUGUUUUUGUCGAUAAAUUUCAAGGGAAAUAGCAACUCCUACAAGUUCCAGAAGUAUUCAUUGCCUUACCAGAUUAUCCACUCAUUGAUAUGUUACUGUGUGGUCCUUUCAUCUCGUACAGUGUAGGUCAAGGCUAAUGGGCUUGUCUGAUACAGUCUCAUUGCCACAAACCUUUACAGUGCCUGCAAGGUACAAGCACCGAGUUACAGAAGGGGCUUGAGUCAAUGAAUGGGGACAUAUCUUGGUAAUGGCAGUGUGUGAAAUCUGCUACACAAAUUCAGAAUGCUCCCCACCAAUCCUCGCCCUGACCUGUCAGCCUUCUGUCUCCUGAUUGCCUUAAACGUCUCUGGGCUAGAACAAGAGGGUUGGAGUCUCAUGGCUGUCAUUUUGUGGCAAUGGUUCAUGGUAUAAGAUUGUAGAGACAUGGUGGAGAAAUUUAAAGAAAGGCAUUAGGAAUUUAAAUUUCAGAUGUUGAAGAUCAGCCAAUGCAUGUCAGGGAUAGGUGAGUGAUAGGGCAAUAUGAGAUGCCAUUAAAUUGGUGGGGGUGGGGUGGGGGGAGCUCUCCCUGCAUGAAUCGUUUCAUCAAAAGGACACCCAACGAUCUCUGAUUCAAAUGUACCUCAUGGGUCAACAGGUCAUGAGCAGGGGUCACCAGUCAUGGUCUGAGAGGCUAAUCUGGAGGAGGACACAGGCAGCCGGAGAGGAGGGGUCACCUGAUCGAGGUUGGGUGUGGGAGGGUGGCAGCGAGGGAGGAGCUAGCUUGCUAACAGUGUAGGGCAGCAGUUGACAAUUCUAAUAGGAAGCCAGAAGAAUUACUCUACUCUUCCUGCUUCUACAUUCAGCUGAUCAAAAACAUGAUUUGUUACCUGUUUUGCUGAUGGCCUCAAAUUGUUUUUUACUUGAGAACACAGACCAUGGAUCACGAUCAACUGGCAGCCAUUCAGCCUCAAGCAGCCUGGAUAGGCUUUGGGUCUCCGAUCUUCACACCCAAUGGCUCCAGAACAAGCCAUUACAAUCACUGCCUAAUCUAUAUGGUGAAUGGAGCACAGUGUUGUGUGUGUGGUGCUGGAAAAUCACAGCAGGUCAGGCAGCAU